GAUUAGCAAACGGACUGUUUACCUUCCGCUGCCGACAGAUGUAGCAGAGCAAUAUUCUCUCAAAAUGUAUUCUCACGGUUCAGAGAGCUUAAUCAAACAAGCGAGGGAGAUUCAGGAGUCUGAGCUGCAGAAGUUUUACAGCAGGUUAGUGAAGCUGCUUCAGGGCAAGGAGCUCGGUCAUGACGCAGUCGACUCCCUGCAGAGGCUGCACCUCAUCCUUUCUGCCACCAAGUACACCCGAACGCUGCCUUUAGAACUGCAGAAGAAGCUUGUAGCACUUCUGUCCUCACCUGCGGAGCAGCUUCAGGUGCUGAGCUCUGCUGUGCUCAUAGAGACGCUGCCCCUCUCUGGACAGCAACCGAACAACAACCAAGAGAACAUCAGCCAGCUGAACAGUCACGCUACUGGUCUGCUGCUUUCACAGGCUGGAUCCAAGGCUGAUCUUUCAUUUCUUUGCACUCAACUCCUUCGUAAUCUGGAGAGCCGACCAUCUGAAGGGCCAGCUCACUCACUCAUGUACACCCUGCCAAUCCUCAACAACAUCCUCACACACAGCCCAGACUGCCUCAACGAAGAUCAAAUGACCCUUGUAAGCAAAAAGCUUGUUGAUUGGCUGCGUUAUGCCAGCAUCAUGCAGGGAGGCGGGGCUUCCUCUGGGGGAUUCUUCACAGGGCCCAGAUCCCGUCAGCCAGUGCCGAUAGCAGAGCUGGAUGGUACGGUGUCAGGUGAUUUCUUCACUGUGCUAUGUGUGGGUCAGGGCUUCACUGAAGACCAGUGGAUGAAUGUCUAUUCCUUUUCCAUGCUGCGCCAUUGGCUUCUCACCUACCACUCCAGCUGCAGCACUACAGGAGAAGCAGCAAACAGGCUACAGCUCAGCCUCUCACUCUCCCACUCCCACUCCUUUUCUAAUGAUGACCGGUCAGAGGUGGAUGGAUCAGUAGUUUCUAUGGUUUCGGCGACUUCCUCCUCCAGCCGACUGCUGCCUCCAAAGGAGCGUCUCAGAGAGAAGGCUUUCCAGUACUGCCAGCGCCUCAUCGAACAGAGUGAUCGCAAGGCACACAAGAAGACAGAUACAGAACUGCAAAAAAUGUGUCUGGUUGAAGCUGUGUGCAUCCUGGACUGUGUGUGCGUUGAGGACGUGUCACUGGUCUACAGAACAUUCCCGUGCAUUAAGGCUCUCUUUGGUCGUCUCAGCUCAGAUCUGUCGUAUGCCAGAGUGCUGCUGCCCGUAGCACAGUUCUAUCUCAACCAUGGUGAGAUGGCCGCAGUGGACUGUGAGAGCGUGUGGAAGGUGGUGUUUGGCCGUUUUCCCGCCGAACUAUUCAAUGACCCCUUCCUGGCACACGAGCUUCUACGAUUCCUUCGACUCAACCAGGAAAGCAUAGAGCUUCGAGUUCCACAGUACCUGCGCUACUUUCCAAACCUGCUGAAGUUUUUAGCGUGGGACAGUCCAGCAGUGGUGAAUGACUUUGUAGAUCUGCUGCCCUCUAUGGUUACAGCUGGAACUGCAGUGGAGCUGCUUCACACUCUGCUUGACCUGCCCUGUCUCUCUGCCACGCUGGUCUUGCAGCUCAGGUCUACAUGUUUGCCCAUCUCUGAGCCAGGCGGACGUGGCCUCAUGUCACUGGAUGCAUUUCGAAAUCCUUCUUUCAGAGGGCUUUUCCUCUUCCUGCUUCGAGGGGAGGCAGGCUCAGGCGACACAAUUGACCGACUGAGCACGCUCCAUGAGCUGCUGUCUGAGGCUGUUGACUGGCCGCGAGUCAUUCAUUGUGCCCGGACGGUCCCUGUGUUGCUGCAUGUUUUCUUCAACACAGUUAUUACAGUGGCUGAUGAGAAGCUUUUGGCUCAUUUGAUUCUGGUGAUGCUGGAGAGAAGCAGCCUCCUCAUUAACAUCCCUGCGUACAUCAAAGAGAUUCACCGGGUGUUCAGCUGCCACCUGCUGAGGUUGUGCAAGCUCCACCCCUCUCUGGUCAUGAACCAGUCUCAUGAGAUGUUGGAGUUCGCUGGAAGCACAGCCAACGUAUACAGCAAAGAGGAACUCUAUACACAUGUGGUGUGGGUGCUGGGAGAGUACCUCUCUGUGUCAUGUGACUCUCGCUGUUCUGUGAGCCUCAUCACUUCCUGUUUUGAGGCACUGGAGGCGGUACUGUUUGAGAUUACUUCAUCUGCCCCUCCACCUGGAUCAGUUUGUCCAGCCCCUAAAGUUAUCAACACUUUAAUGAGCGCUCUUGCUAAGUUGGCAUCACGAUCACAUGACCUCAUACCCCGGGUGUCUCUGUUCCUCUCUAAAUUAAGAACUGUAACUAGAGGCGGAUCAGUCGCCUGGUGCUCUGAUGAGGAGGACCUCAUUGCCAUAGUAACACGAGGGGAGGAGUUGUGGUCGCUGCUGAAGGCCCCCGGUGUAGCUCAGAGUGUCCUGACACCACCUCCCCAUGUCAUCACACCACAGUGGCACAGAGACACUAAUGUGGCGCUGCCGCUUCAACUGCGAGCCCUCACCAGCCUCACACACUCACAGUGACACAUGCGCGCACACAGACACACACCACACAUCAUCAUCCUGGCAGUGCAUGAACUGAACUAUUUGUUUUUUUUGCACAUUAUUUUUGUAAUUGAUUUAUCUGAUAAAGGUGACGCUGAUUUGAUUUUCAGAAAAUACACAGAUCCCUUUCAGUGUAAUAUGUUUCUUCUUUAAUACAGUGAUUUGACAGAAAUAUCAUUUUACAAAAUAGAUCAUCUGAUUAAAAAAAGUUAAAAAUGCUCA